UUCAGCUCUAUGGCAACGUCAUCCGUGUUACGUAUGCGCGUGCGCUUUUUUCCGCCUGUCUACGGCGUUUAAUGUUUGUGUGCGUGUGUUUGAGUCUGCUUUACCGAACCGAGUUAGCGCGUUUGUUACGGUUCCGACCCGCUGAGGCGCGCGACAUGGCUGCGGCGGCACCAAACUCGAGCCCGAGCACGAACUCGAAUCCAGGCCGUAGCUCAGGUUCGAGUUCAUGCGCGAGCGCGGAGGAGGCGCACCGGCCCGCGGCGGCGGCAGCGGCGGCGGCUCUGGCAAGUGACGGUGAACCGGAGGAUGCCGAGCAGUUCUCCUCAGCGCUGCACUGCUCGGAGCUCGUGCGGCGACAGAACGAGCAGCGGAAACUCGGGCUGUUCUGCGACGUCACGUUAGCGUUUAGUGGCGGAGGAGGAGGAGGAGGAGGAGGAGGAGGAGAAGGUGCGGGCGGUGAGUUCGAGCUCGGUGCGCACCGUUCCGUGCUCGCAGCUGCCACUGAUUACUUCACACCACUGCUCGGGGGCCAGUUCGCGGAGUCCGUGUCGCGGCGCGUGGAGAUGAAGGAGUGGAGCAGCGAGGCGGGGCCCGAGCGCGAGACCGUCGAGAGCGUCGUGCAGUUCAUGUACACCGGAGAGAUCCGCGUCAGCACGAGCAACGUGCACGAGGUGCUGGAGCUCGCGGACAGGUUUCUGCUGGUGCAGCUGAAGGAGUUCUGUGGCGAUUUCCUGAAGCGGAAGCUGAGCUUGGCAAACUGCGUAGCCGUGCACAGCCUGGCGCACAUGUACACGCUGGAUCAGCUGGCAUUACGUGCUGCAGAAAUGAUACGCCGCAACUUCCAUAGGGUGAUCCAAGACGACGAGUUCUACACGCUCCCGUUCCACUUGGUGCGUGACUGGCUGAGCGACGCUGAGAUUACCGUUGACUCAGAGGAGGUUUUAUUUGAUGCUGUUGUCAAGUGGGUGCGUCGGGGCAAUGAGGACCGAGAGAGGCACUUCGAGGAGCUUUUCCGGCUCCUUAGGCUGCCUCAGAUCAAGCCCACUUACCUGACAAGGGUGGUGAAGAAUGAACCGCUCGUGGCACGGAACGAGGGAUGUCUCAAACUCGUCUCGGAUGCUGUGGAGAGUCACGCUAUCCGUUUUGAGAACCAUAAAAAGUUAGCGUCCGACUCGGAAUUCUGGGCUGCUUUCCAGCCUCGAUUCGGACAAAACAUGGACGUCAUCAUGGUGGUCGGGGGCGUUUCGGAAGGAGGUGACUAUCUGAGUGAGUGUGUCGGGUAUUUCGUGUACGAAGAUCGUUGGGUGAACCUUCCGCACAUCCAUAAUCACCUUGAUGGCCACGCGAUCGCAGUUACGGAUUCGUAUGUCUAUGUCGCAGGAUCGAUGGAGCCUGGAUUCGCCAAAACGGUGGAAAGAUACAACCCGAAUCGCAACACUUGGGAACAAGUGAGCAAUCUCACGACUCGUAAGCACUCAUUUGGAUUGACAUGUGUCAAAAAUAUCCUCUACAGCAUCGGAGGGCACGGGAAUUUCAGCCCAGGAUUCAAGGAUGUAAGUGUUUAUGAACCAGAGCAGGACAAAUGGCACAACCUGGAAUCUGCACCAAAAAUCUUGCGAGACGUUAAAGCGAUUAGUGUCGAAGAUCGAUACGUUUAUGUAACGGCAAGGACACCUGUGGAUACAGACAAUGAUGAUGGGCUGAAAACAGUGACAACACGCUAUGACACUGAGAGCCGCCAGUGGCAGGAGGUUGAUUCUUUGCCCCUGAUUGACAAUUACUGCCUCUUCCAGAUGGCUGUGGCAUCCACUAAUUUUUACCACACCGCAUCCUGCUGCCCGAGAAGUUACACUAAUGUUCGAGACGAAGUUGCACGGCAGAAAAUUAGUGCUCGAAUCUCAGACGAAAUCCUUGAAAGCCUGCCUCCGGAGGUCACCAGUGUUGAAGGAGCCGCCGUGUGCUUCCUCGGAGAUGAUGUGUUUGUCAUUGGCGGCUGGAAAAACAGUGACGAUGUGGACAAGCAGUACCGAAAAGAGGCUUACCGGUACUGCGCUGAGAGGAAACGAUGGAUGCUGCUUCCUCCGAUGCCGCAGCCUCGUUGCCGGGCGACUGCAUGCCAUGUUCGGAUCCCCUACCGCUUCCUGUAUGGGUGCCAGAGGUAUCCGAUGCCUCAGAAUUUAGCGAGACAGCGAGACCGGAUGCAGCAGAUGCAGCAGCUUCAUCGGCGCACGCUUACCCUGCGCAGGCAGCUGCAGUCCCAGAUUGAAUGCUGAAGGAACAAACAAUUAUGGUGGUGUUUUGUGUCCAAGCUGAAGGUAGAAAGUCCUCCGGGCCGCUCGGUGGUGAUGAGGAGCUGCUAUGAGUUUGUGAAUACUUUUAACAUCUUUUUGGCCCAGCUUUCAUCUUUUCACUGAGGAAACAGAGGUCGGCAACCUCGAUUGUGAUUGUGUUGAAAGUGAUGGUGCCGGAUGCUGGAAAAUGUCCUCCAGGCCACACGGAGGCACAGAUGAAAGAGGAGACGUGAUAAGUCCUGCCAU